CAAGACCUUAAGUAUGGGGUUGUUGCCGCCAGAAUUAUGGUGGUCUGAUGUCCAGAUUCUUCGCUUCUUCAAAACUCCAAACACCCCUGGACUCGUUAGCCGGGUCUCACGAUUUCAACCUUAUACGCGCCACCGCGAGGCUGGGAGGCACCAAUUUCGAAAGCACAGAUAUAAGCUUCUUGUCGACAAGACAUUGAACAUCCCGUCCCGCCGUGUAGCGUGAUUCAUUUGUUGUCGCGUUAUAGAAAGCCACCAUCACAUCGUCAGGGCAUCGUCGUCCAUCACCGACCCCAAGACUCGCGAACAUCGUCAACGACAGCUCGCCCAAUAUGCCGAUGCACCAGGGCUUCCUCCCGCGCGAGGGUCUUACCGCCGACCCUAUCUUUCGCCUCAUCGCCCGUACCGCCUUAAACCCGGCCCUGAUGCUGCCGCUUCUGCUCCUCGCCCGUUACACCAAGAAGGGAGGCGACCUCGCCAUCCUGCAUCCGACGGCCUUUGCGCGCAUCAAGUUUCUGGCAUACUGCGCCCUCACGCGAUGGGCGAGCAGUUGGCUUUCGCGGCGUACGCUGAACAACUGGGUUACCGACCGAUAUGACUGGCGCAGGGAGAUUGUUCUGGUGACGGGCGGUGCCGGUGGAAUUGGAGGCCAUGUUGUCCAGUUGCUGGCUGAGCGAGGUAUUACUGUCGUGGUGUUGGAUAUCCAAGACCUGACCUUCGCAUCUGGCUCCAACGUGCACUACUUCAAGUGUGACAUCACCUCAACCGAGAAGCUUGCCGCCGUAUCCAAUGAGAUUCGAGCCAAAGUCGGCCAUCCGACAGUGCUCAUCAACAAUGCCGGCGUGGCGCGCGGCAAGACCGUCUUUGACUCGACGGAGCGUGAUAUCCGCUUCACCUUUGACGUCAACACGCUCUCGCACUACUGGACAGCCAAAGAGUUCCUUCCGAACAUGGCCAAGAACAACCACGGCAUGAUCGUGACGGUUGCGUCGUUUGCGAGCUACUUAUGCGUUCCCAAUAUGGUCGACUACGGCUCCUCAAAGGCCGCCGCAAUGGCGUUCCAUGAAGGCAUCACGGCUGAGCUCAAUACCCGCUACAACGCGCCGCGGGUGCGCACCGUGCUCGUCAAUCAGGGCUACACCAAGACGCCGCUCUUCACAGGGUACCAACAGGGCGUCGAAUUUAUUCUCCCGGCGCUCGAGCCCCAGACGGUCGCGGACGCCAUUGUGAAGCAGGUCCUCGCUGGUGAGAGCGGGCAGAUCGUCCUGCCGGCCUACGGCAAUAUGCUUACAGCACUGAGGGCGUUCCCGCACUGGUACCAGCACAAGCUGCGUGGCGAGUCGAAGAAGUUGAUGGCGAACUUCUCGGGGAGGCAGGUCGUGAAGGACGUCGAGGGGUUCUAUCAAAAAAAAGGGAAGGGCGUUGAGGGUGAGCAGGAGAGGCCGGAAGAAAGCACUGUGCUUGUGGCAGAGCCCGUUCCUGGCCGGAGUGGUAUCGAGUGAGGGAAGGUUGAAAAGAGGAUGAGAUAUAAUUCGUGUGAGACUAGACCGAUGAGGCUACGCUCUUACUCGGCCUGUCAACAUUGAUUGGCAUAGUAUGUCUAUAUGAUGUAACUCAGGCAUCUCGAAUAGCCGAGGAUUUAAUAAUUAAAUACCAAAGUGUCGAGGUCACUCAGGCUACG